AUGGUGCUAGCUUUGUUAAAUCUCUGCCACCCUGAAGAUGAGGAAGGCGAGUUUUCCCACGCCGCAGAGGUGUGCACGGCUCGGAUCUCGGGAAGGGGUUUAUCCCACCUCUCGCUGGUUCCACAAGCCACAGAUGCGACUGCAGUGGUCUUGUCUGCGGGGGAGAGCGCUGAAGUCUUGACGGAUGAGGAGAAGUGCCAGUUCGACGUGUAUGCGGAUCUUGACAUGAGCCUCCCACAGCAGGCUUUGCUUCAGAGUGCUUUGAGCAAGCUCUACGACGCAGGGCUCCUGUCGGAAGAGUCUUUCACUGAAGACCUUUACCAGCACGCGGUGGAGGCAGCAAAGGCACACGAGGUGGAUCUCUCAAAGAGAUGGAAGACUCUUUACUGGAUGGUCGCAUUAGACUGGCAAAGCAUCUUGUGGGAGAAGGAGGAGGGACGUUUCCUGGAGGCGCUAGCAAAAGCAAUGCAGUCGAUCCAAACAGCGCAUGCACCCAGCUUACAGCCAAUCGCUGAUCCUCACGUCACCUUGCUCUGGGUACCCGAACUUGGGCGGGAAACUUCACAAGCUCAGGAAGAGCUCGAGAGGACGGAAGGCCAUGAGGUGCAGGUCACCGUGCACGCAUUGUGUUGGGAUGAGGGUCUUGGGCUCAUUGCGCUCAGGGCGUCUUUAGACUCGACUUGCGCUCACCUCUGCCAAAAUCUUCAUCCGCACAUCACUGUAGCAAGACUCCCUGGGGUGGCAGCGAAGCUUUCCAACGACAUGCUCAAGCGGCAAGAAGAAGGAGACGCUUCAGUAAAGCAAGUCUCGCUGCAGCCCUUCACAGUGACAGGGCUUGUGCAACGUCAGCUUUCAGCUGAGUCCCUUGCUUCUGCGGCGGCUUCAGCAGCCGCCCUGCCGGAGGGCAAUCCCGUUUGCGACUUCGGUCUGGCUGCGACCGGGGAGUCUGUCGACGUCUGGGCGACCUACGAUGCGUCAGUGCGCUUCCGGAAGAUUUCCCGGGCUCUAAGCACCUUGAUCUGUCCGGUCUCCGAGCCCUUGGUACACUGUAAGGGCUGGCCGCCCAAGCUUCGUGGAAAGAUGUGGCUCACAUUCCACGAGAGGCCCCUAAGCAGCCAGAGCAUGCGAGCCUUGGAGCAGCUGCAAAAGCAGAACUCGUUUCAAACUCUGCACGCCGCGGUGGCAUACUUCCAAAUCUCUGAAGACUUCUUGCGGAAGCCUCUGGCAGAGAUGCAGCAGGAACUUGCCCAGCGGCUCUCCGGGCGCGGAGCAGAGGCCCUGGAGCAGAGCCUGCAGGCUCUGGCCACCUGGCAGGGCCUCUCCUUGGAGAAGCCCAGUUUCUACGUCCAGUGCAAAGCGGCUGGGUCCCAGGAGCAGACCGUGAGGCUCCGGCAGGCCAUGGCUGGUGCCGUUGCAGGCCUCGUGCAGUGGUCUCCGGAUUUGAAAGCCGCCGUGACUCUGUCCGUCCAGACCCGAGACGACUGGAUCUUGCUGGGCUUGGUUUUGUCCGGAUCCGGUGCCCGAGGAAGCGCCAAAGCCCCGAAAGAGGCGGAGGCCACGGCCAGCAAGGACGCAAAGGUCUCCGGACCCAAUCUAUACCUGACCUCAGAGAUCAAGCCCAUCGAGCCUCCUUCCACGAGCGGCGGCUUGGACUUGGACGGUUCCCACCUGGAAGGGGGCGGACAGCUGCUGCGCAACGCCGUGGCGUACGCUGCCGUGCUGAAGAGAGAAGUGCGAGUUCGUAACGUGAGGUCGGGCAGGUCGGCCCCGGGCCUGAGACCUUCACAUCUGGCUGCGGUAGAGGGUGUCAGCCGACUGGCAGGGGGCUUCUGUGAGGGACUGGCAGCAGGCAGCACGGCUUUCCGUUAUGUCACGGAGCAGGACAACGACCUCACCGAGCUUGUGGUGGAUGCGGGCACUGGGGGCUCCACAAUGCUGAUGCUACAGGCUCUCCUGCCGGUGAUGCUGGCUAGAUCUGGCAUGCUCAAGUCCACAGUGCAGGUUACCCUGCAAGGGGGUACCAAUGUAUGCUCACCCAAGGAUGGGAAAGUGACUGCUCCCCAAGUUGAGUACAUGCAACUCGUGUUGUUUCCCAUGCUGCGACUCCUCUUGGGCGUGAAUCUGGAAAUGGAUGUCCACAAGAAGGGCUUCCUUGGUGGAGGCGGCGAAGUCGUUGUCCGCGCUUCCGCCCCUUGCUGGCCGCUUCCGUGCUUCGAGCUUCUGAACUGCGGCGCCGUCCGAAGUGUUUCUGCAGCAGUGUACAGCUCUGCGGGGGUUCCUCGCCAUGUACUGGGCCGCAUGGUCGAGGGGGACUUGAAAAAGCGCCCAGCUGGCGCUAGCAUCCUGCUCAAGGAGCGUCUCCCUGACGCACAGGUGCACUUGAAUUCGCAGGAAUGCCCCUCCAAUGGUGGUGAUGCCUGUGGCCUCGUGGUGGCUGUGGAGACAGAGCACAGCAUUUUCGGAGGUGACUCGAUGGGAAGGAGGGGAGCCUCCGCAGAGAGCGUGGGCGAGGAAGCCGUUCGGAAGGCCUUGGACGCCCUGGGCGGCGGAGGCUGCACCGACGAGCAUCUCGAGGACCAACUGGUGAUUUUCAUGGCAUUGGCAAAGGGCCGCUCACGGCUCCGGCUGGGGAGAGCGACCCGAUGCUUGCACCUUCAGACUGCAAUCUGGUUGGCUCAGCAGUUUGGGGCGUCAGUGCAACUUGUACAGGACGAAGCCAACCCCAUCUUGGAGAUUUGCGGCGUGGGAGGGGCGUUGGAGGCUGGCGUGUGA